AUGAAAUAUUUACAAGAGCAGCUGAAACAAGAAAUGGAGGAACACAUCAGAGAGGGGAAAGGGAAAGUUGAGAAAGUCCAUGAAAGAGUAGCAAGAAUCCAGCAGCUGAGGGAGGCUCUCAGAGAGGAGACACUGAAGAACGGGGCUGCUACAGAGAAAUCUGACCUCUGUCAGGAAAGUGGGCAAGUCACACUAAGACAUUUAUUAUGCCAAUUUAAUGCUCAGUCUCAGUUGGAAUACAGCAAAGCACAGGAGCGGAGGAGGCAACUUAAGGACGACCACGGGAAAUUAAUUCAGGAGGAGGUGGAGAAGAUGGAGAGGGACUUGGCACUGGAACCGCUACCAACAGAGGGCUCCCAGAGAGAGCUGCUGGUGCUGACCAGAGAGCGGCAGGUCCUUGUGCUGCAGAUAGAGGCCCUGCGCGCUGAGGCCCAGCAGGCUGAGAGAGACCUGCAGGAUCAGUAUUACAGACACCAAACAGAGCUGCAUUGUCUAAGAGAAGAGAGCCUGCAGGUGUUCCGAGUGUUUCGUCAGGUAAGCGAGGAGCAGCGGAAGAUGUCAGAGGGCAGAUACAGAAGCGUGCUGCUGGAGGCUGUGCAGGAUGCCGUCUACCUGUCAGCCCAGAACCAGCAGCUGCAGGCUGACAACAAACAACUCCGUAAAGCACUGGGAGAGUUAAAGGAUACUCUAGCUGUGCGAGGUGAUCCUAAGGCUGAAAUGUUAACCCAGAAACAAUGAAUAUACAGUGGUGUGAGUGUUUGCCCCCUUCCUGAUUUCUUAGUUUUUUGCACAUUUGUCACACU